UUACCCUACCUACCUACCUAUCGAUGCCAAGCACGUGAAGCACGUGUCAGCACUUUAAUAUCAUUUCCAAUUUAUCUUCCAAGGUCCCACUAUUGAAGAUAUUCAGUCGUCAAAGUCAGAAUGGCUCCAAAGGUCUUUGAAAGGUUCAGGUUACGGACCGAGCCUGGAUCAUACGCCAGUGCAAGCGGAGGACUGAGUUCGAACAAAGAUCUCGACCCUGUCCCCUUUGAGUCAGAAGAGAGGAAAUGGACAUGGCCUUCGUUACUUGGGUUCUGGAUUGCGGAGGCGUUCAGUAUUUCAAUGUACCAAGUUGCGUCGAGUUCUAUCACGAAGGGACUGAGUCCGGGGCUUUCUAUCACUGCAGUUCUUGUUGGCCAUCUCCUGGUUUGUAUUCCUGCCAUGCUCAAUGGUUAUGUUGGAUGCAUAUACGGGAUUAACUUCCCUGUCCUCAUGAGAUCAACAUUCGGAGUCUAUGGAGCCUACUUUGCCGUCUUUGUAAGAGGCGUUGUAGCCUGUAUCUGGUUCGGAACUCAAUCAUUUCAAGGAGGCCAAUGCAUCCAGACAAUGCUCACGGCAAUCUGGCCCUCUUUCAACCACUUCCCCAACCACAUCCCAGCCAGCGCCCACGUAACCUCUGCUCAAAUGCUCUGCUUUUUCCUCUUCAUCAUCAUCCAACUCCCCCUCCUAUACCUCCACGUCUCCAAACUCCGCUACCUCUUCAUGGCCAAAACAAUCAUAAUGCCCGUCUUCGGCCUCACACUCUUCAUCUGGGCUCUCGUCGCUGCCAAAGGGUUUGGCCCAACCUUCUCCAAAGGUACGCACAUCACAGACGGCACAUCCGUUGCAGUCGUCUUCUUCCAAUGCGUCACCACCGCCAUUGGCCCCAAAGCCACUCUCGCGCUCAACAUGCCAGACUUCACCCGCUACGCCCGCUACCCCAAACAAGUCUUCUGGACCCAAGCCGUUGGCCUCUGCAUCCUCGUCACGCUCUGCGGCAUCCUCGGCGUGACAGUCACCUCUGCCACACAAUCCGUCUACGGCAUCACGACCUGGAAUCCCCUCCAAGUCUCCGUCCUCUGGGACAACCGCGCCGCACAGUUCUUUUCUGCGCUAUGCUGGGCGUUUGCUGUGAUCGGGACAAACAUCUCCGCUAACUCAGUCAGCUUUUCGAAUGACUUGAGCUUGUGGUUCCCGAGAUGGAUCAACGCGAGAAGAGGGGCGUAUGUAUGCUGCAUCAUCUCCGUAGCUGCCACACCGUGGAAUAUCCAGUACUCAGCAGCGUCAUUCUCAGCGUUCCUAGGCGGAUACGCCAUGUUCCUUGGUCCAAUCGCUGGUAUCAUGAUUGCGGACUUUUGGGUUCUGAGAAAAAGACACUUGAGUCUUGCGGCUCUGUAUCGACAUCCAGAUAUCUAUAGUUUUUGGCAUGGGUUUAAUGUCAGGGCCUUUGUGGCGUUUGUAGUGGGCAUCGCGCCGAAUUUGGCGGGCUUGGCAAAGGCGACGGGGCAGAAGGGUGUUCCGAAGGGCGCGAGCUAUGUGUAUAGUUUGAGUUGGGUGGUUGGGACCGUUGUUGCGUUUGUGGUUUACCUGGUGUUGGGGAGAGUUUGGAGGAUGGAGGAGAAGUGGAGUGGGGAUGACAAUGAGAGGGAGGUGGUGGAUAGUGUUAGUUGGGGGCAGGGGAGUGAUGAGGAGCAGGUUAAAGCUGUAGGAGACGAGAAGAGUAGGAAUUUCUAGAUGGAAAGAGAGGUCGGAUGAUAUAGAUGA